GACGCCUCCGGCUCCUGCCCUUCCACGCGAGGCGCAGCUCGAGAGACGCAGCCGUUGCUGCGCGUAUGGCUGUGCAGUCCACCGCUCCGUCGCUCCCGCCGCCGCCGAAAAACUACAUCCAGCGCGCGCGCACGCAGCAGCGGAACCUGACGGCAAGAGCAGCAGAGGUCGGCUCGGCAGUAGGUCGGUCGUCGGCCAACCUGAUUAGCGAGGUUGGCUACGCGGCGAGGUCUGUGGCGCCCGAGUCGCUGGUGCGAGCGUACAAGGUGUGGCCGACGAAGAACGUCUUCUGCUGCUGGGGCUUCCUCAUGACCGGCCCGGUCGAGGACGUCGGCCCAAACAGCUGCGCGUGGACGUCGCUGCUCACGCCGAUGGCGAUAUUCUUCUACACGUGGAGCGACAUCCUGUGGGACCCGUCGCACGUGCCGCCGGUGUACUCGUACUUUUGCUGUCUCGCCUUCGCCUCCGCCGUCUUUUGGUUCUCCGUCACCUCCUUCACCGACCCCGGGAUCAUCCCGCGUGGGCCAAAGCCGUCGGGCCCGAUGCCGCCGCAGCGGACUCGGACGGACGAGCGGGGGGCGACGGUGUACGAGACGUGGUGCAGCACGUGCAACGUCUACCGCCCGCCCCGCUCGAGCCACUGCUCCGACUGCGACAACUGCGUCCGCGACUUUGACCACCAUUGCCCGUUCACCCGCAACUGCAUCGGCGCGCGCAACUACGGACCCUUCGUCAUGUUCCUCUCGUCGACCUGCCUCUCGCUCGCCGUCGUGCUCAUCUCCGCGCUCGCCCUCCCCACGCGCGUGCCGCCGCACCCGGGCGCCCUGGACCCGCACUCGACCGGGCUGCGCGGCCUCGCGUCGACCGUGUCGGUCGUCUUUUGCGCCGUCAUGGCGGCACUCCUCUUCUCCUUCACCGCAUACCACGUCUCGCUCAUCUGCGCGGGCAUGACCACCAAGGCCUCGCGAGAUGGGGCCGAGAUCUGCCGAGAGAUGGGCCGAGAGAUGGGCCGAGAGAUGGGCCGAGAUGGGCCGAGAGUAUGCCGUGUGCCAUGA